UUCGCGUGUUCUGUAACAGUGCUUAAACCGCAUUACUGUGCCGUUGGAAGGAAAAAGAAAAGCUCGAGCCUUUUCUUCGGUUGUAUAGCAAAAAAUUUGAAACGAGUCAAAACACGAGUCAAUCAUGGUGCGCGGAUUAUCCCAGUGGACCAAGACCCUGUCUUUCCCGUCGAGAAUAUCGCCCCAGCGAAAGGAGAGCAAACUGCAGCAGGUCAGCCCGAGCGUGAGCCCUACGAGCACCGCGGCCACGACGCCCAUGAGCACCAUGAGCAGUCGCAGCAACGCGGCCAGCUCGGAGAAUCUCCACGACAAGGCCCCGACGAUCAUCAGCAAUUCCAUGAACGCCGAGCCCGAGGUGACUACCCUCGCAAUGAGCAACAACAAUAAUCACAACAACAACAACAACAAUACAAGCACUUCUAGCUGCACCUCGUUGCCGUCUUAUUCCCAGUCACCGACGUUCCAAGACCUCGAGGCCGAGAAAGCCAUCAUGGGCUCGAUCGUGUACUGCAUCCACCACAAGGACGGCUGCAAGUGGUCGGACGAGCUGCGCAAGCUCAAGUCCCACCUGAACACGUGCAAGCACGACGCGGUGCCGUGCGGCAACAAGUGCGGCGCCAUGAUACCGCGCGUCCUCAUGGAGGAUCACCUGAAGUACACGUGCGCCCAGCGGCGGGCGCGCUGCGACUUCUGCGCCAAGGAGUUCAGCGGCUACAACCUCGAGAAGCACCUCGGCCAGUGCGGCUACGAGCCGCUCUACUGCGAGAACAAGUGCGGCAUGAAGGUGCAGCGCCGUCAUCUGGGCCAGCACAAGCUCGGCGAGUGCGCCAAGCGCCUCAUGGCCUGCCGCUACUGCCAGAAGGAGUUCGUCUUCGACACGCUCUCGGCCCAUCACGCCAAGUGCGGCCGCUUCCCCGUGGCCUGUCCGCAUCGCUGCGAGACCGCCGUACUGCCCCGCGAGGAUCUCGAGGUCCAUCUCAAGGACCACUGCACGACCCACCUGCUCGCCUGCAGCUUCAAAGACGCCGGCUGCCGCUUCAAGGGCAACAGAUUUUCACUCGACAAGCACAUGGACGAGUCGACAAAGGUCCACCUGAACCUCGUCUGCGGCGUCGUGACGAAACAGCAGCACCAAAUAUCCAGCCUCAAGGCGGCCCUCGGCAAGAUGUCGCUCAAUUACUCGGGCACGCUCAUCUGGAAGAUCUCGGACUUUAGCGCCAAACUGGCCGAGGCCAAGUCCAAGGAAGGCGUCGAGCUCGUCAGCCCACCCUUUUACACUAGUCAAUACGGUUACAAGCUUCAGGCGUCGCUCUUCCUCAACGGCAACGGUACCGGUGAGAACUCGCACAUCUCCGUCUACAUCAAGAUCCUGCCAGGCGAGUACGACGCGCUGCUCAAGUGGCCGUUCGCCCACAGCGUCUCGUUCACACUGCUAGAUCAGGCCCUGGUGGCCGAGAAGGCCUGUAACAUCGUCGAGAGCUUCAUACCCGACCCGACGUGGAAGAACUUCCAGAGGCCGAGUCGCGAGCCCGACUCCCUGGGCUUCGGCUUUCCGCGCUUCGUCUCGCACGAGAUGAUCCGGAAGCGCCAGUUCAUCAAAGACGACACCAUGUUCAUCAGGGUGAAGAUCGACCCGAGCAAGAUCGUCGCCGUUUGAAACCACGCACAGCGUACAUUUUUACUUGUUAUUACGAUUUUGAUCGCUUGUACAUUAUUUCGAAUUUUUCUCAUUUCUGUUCAUCGACGCAAAUUUUUUAUCAUUAUUAAUCAUGAGGUACUGCCUCGUACCUCCCUCGCACUGUCGUGUACCACCAAGUUUUCAUUCACCAUUUGUUUGACGUUUUUAUAAUUAUCAUAAUGUUUUGGAGGGUAAACACUAGUGUUGAGCUUUCGUAACGAUGAUGUUCGUGCACCGUCUGUGUAUGUGUGCACCGUUACGUCAAGUUAUCACAUGUCGAGUUUCAAUUGUAAUUUGUCGUUAUGUUAUAAGUCCGAUUAUAAUGUAGUCGCAACAAUUUACGCACUCUGUAAUAUUCAGUUUUUGAUAUGGCUCUGUUACGAGCUUUAAUUCUCUAUGUAAUCAAAGAUUGAUCGUCCUCUUUUAAUUUUUAGACGUGUGCUAUAUAAAUAUGUAAAUAUUGUGAAAAAUGUUUAAAAUUAUUGAAUAAUUCAGCUACUUUAUAAAUUGUAAAUAUUAUUUGUAUUAUUAGAUAUUAGGCGGAGGAAAUGUGAUUGAGAUGCUAGUUUAAGAUGUAUAUUUUAAAGACAAAUCAAAGAAAAUUAGA